CACUUUAGCGAAGAAGUUCAGAUUUCUGCCGGUUGAUCGGCCUGUGAUGUGCAAUUAUCUGAAAAAUCACUGAAGUUAUAGAGAGAAAACUGUUGAAACCGCCUGAUGCAAUAUGGAGCUGCUGCAGUUGCUGUGCUACACAUUCCUGUUACUCUUGUCGAGGAUGCUAGUUCUGCAUGCAGUUAGCUGGGAGGAGUGGUGGACCUACGAUGGCAUUUCAGGUCCCGCUUUUUGGGGUCUCAUCAAUCCGGAAUGGUCACUCUGCAACAAGGGACGUCGACAGUCGCCGGUCAAUCUGGAGCCGCAACGUUUGCUAUUUGAUCCCAAUUUGCGUCCCAUGCAUAUUGACAAACACAGGAUAAGCGGCAUCAUAAGCAAUACGGGUCACAGUGUUAUCUUCACAGCCGGCAAUGAUACGGUGGCCAAUUACGAUGGCAUGCAGACGCCAGUGAAUAUAUCUGGUGGUCCCCUAUCUUAUCGGUAUCGUUUCCAUGAGAUACACAUCCACUACGGACUGAACGAUCAAUUUGGCUCCGAGCACAGCGUCGAGGGCUACGCAUUCCCAGCGGAGAUACAAAUUUUCGGCUAUAAUUCACAGCUAUAUGCAAAUUUCUCAGACGCUCUGAAUCGUGCUCAGGGCAUUGUUGGAGUCUCCAUAUUAUUACAGCUGGGCGAUCUCUCCAAUCCGGAACUGAGAAUGCUCACUGAUCAGCUGGACCGCAUUCGUUAUGGGGGCGAUGAGGUGUUCGUGAAGCGACUCUCCAUACGCGGACUAAUGCCCGAUACGGAUCACUACAUGACAUACGAUGGCUCGACAACGGCUCCGGCCUGCCACGAGACCGUCACCUGGGUGGUUCUCAACAAGCCCAUCUAUAUAACAAAGCAACAGUUGCACGCACUGCGACGCCUUAUGCAGGGCAGUCCUGACCAUCCAAAGGCACCCCUGGGCAACAACUAUCGUCCACCACAGCCGCUGCUGCAUCGACCCAUUCGCACCAACAUUGACUUCAAGACAACUAAAACGAACGGCAAGGCCGCUUGCCCCACCAUGUACCGCGAGGUCUACUACAAAGCAACGAGUUGGAAACAAAACUAGAAGUCGAUGCCAGAACGAGCCGUAUAAAACUUAAAACGUAAGACGUAAGUAGCGUGUGGCGUGCAACAGGAGCUUCCACUAUACAUAUAUACAGUUAUAUAUAGAAAAAGAGCGACAGAGUCACAGCAAGACGAAGACAAUGACAGUUAGAGAGUAGGAGAGUAGGAGAGACGAAAUGAAAGAAAGAAAACCCGGCACAGCAUGGCCAAAUGGCAUUUAAAAAACAAUACAUACAUAUAUAGUA